CGCAGGUAGGGCUCAUCUUGAGUUCUAUCAAUUGGUAUCAGAGCCCGGUUCUUGUGUUCGUGAGCAAACGAAGAACGAAGAUCGAGAUGGUGUUAACGAAGUCUAUACAAGCAGCUAAGAAGGCAGCCAAGGCGGCGCAGGAGCUGGCCGGGAUCGCGACCACAACGGGGCUGCCGGUGACCAACCAGGAGGCGCCGACGGGGGCUCAACCCGUGGCCAAGGCUCCGCAAGGGCGGCCACCUAUCCCUGCUCCGCGAGGUCCGGUGGAUGGCGAGCUGGAGGACCUGACUGAACAGGAGGCGGCGCAACACCGCCUCGACGCCCUCGUGGAUCUGGUAGCGAGUGAACGACAGGAGAGGCUGGAGGAGUCACGGUGGGUGUGGAACCGACUCGAUGCUCUCCACGACAUGAUGGUGGAGAUGCGGGGUGGGUUGGCGGCGCGCGUGGAGGCCGCGGCUCUCUUCGGCGGCGGCGAAAUCGGCGCGGGCAGCAGCGCCGGGACGGUCGACGGGGAGCGACGGCGCGGCGGCGAUGGCCGCGGUGGGCGCGGCGAUGGCGGUGGCCGCGCCAAUGGUGGUGAUGGGGGUAGCGCCGGUGGUGAGUGGCGCGGGAGACCAGGCGGCAGGCCGGGGGCGUUCAGGCCACGGCACGCUAGGUCAGGGUGGCGGGCCUGGUCUGCUGCCUACACCGUCGGCCCAGGAGCUGGCAGGCCGGAGAGGGAAGGGCAAGAUGCCCGGCUAUAACACGGAAGGCCCACCGGAGAUUGUUGGGCCUACGAUGCUGGAUCAGAUCGCAAGAAGCAACAAUGGGCCGGGAUGGGUGGACUCGGGGGACGAGCCCGAGGAGGGCGAGUUCAGUCUGAUGGGCCGUUCGGCGCAGUGGGCCGACUCCGGGGUGGCGGACCGAGCCGAGUAGCUGAACCGGUCGGGCGAUCCGGGACCGGGUGGACCAUGACUGGUCGGGCCAGCAGUGGUCAGCCCAAAUGAGGUCGGACCGGGUCCAGUUGGGCCAGUAGUGGUCGGCCAGAGGUGGGUCGGACCGGGCAUCGACCAAACCCAACCAGCCAGCCGACCAGGGGAGCGGACAGCUUCGGCCUGUUGGAGAGCCCCGUAUGGGCCGCACGAGACGCCGGGAGGAUAUCCGGACCAGCAAGGAGGCUACCCGGGGCACUAUGGCUCGGGUAAUCCGAGCAGAGGGUGGCCGCACCUACAGGGAGGCUACCAGGGGUACUAUGGCCUAGGAAUUCCGAGCAGGGGGCAUGGAUUCUCACAGGGGAAGCCUUGGAGGGUCCUGGGCAAUGACAGGUAUGGAUCGUGCUAUCCUAGUUAUGAGGGUGUUGAUGGGAUAGUCUUUCGUGCUAAGCUUCCUACCAUUGAGUUUCCAAAAUUCAAUGGGCAAGAGGAUGCAGGUCUCUGGUUAUAUGCAGCUGAGAGGUGGUUUCAGAACCACCCAAUUCCGGAGGAACGGAAGGCCUACAUGGCAUCCUUCUAUUUAGAAGGAGAUGCGCUCCAGUGGUGGGAGUGGAUGGAGCGAUCGUAUACGGCUGCUGAGACUGUGAUCACCUAAGCCAUGUUCCAAGAGGAGCUCCGUUACAUGUUCGGGAAAUCUGAAGGAUGGGCUCCGGAGCAGCUUGCAAAGACUAUGCUGAGGACGUCGGAAAUGGCGAGGAGGAGACCCAGUAAGCUAGAGGAACAACCUUGGGGACAAGGUUGUUUUUCGAAGGAAGCGAGGAUGAUAGAAACUUGAAUUUUAGUACUUUGAUUAUUUGUCGGUUUAUUAUUAUUCGGAUUAUUGGGACUAUUCGGGAAUAAUUGAUAGAUCGGGUA